CACAGCACAAAGAGAUAAAAAAGUGUUUGUAGUUUGGGCCAGACCAAACAUGGCUGUGAGGUUUGGGAUAAGACAAGUCUCCUGACAAGGUCAAGGGUGAUGGGUGGGGAGAAUCAUUCUGGAGAGGCUGUGCUGUUACCCGAGGGUCUGAGCCAUUGGUUCCAACUCCACGGAUCCUGAGCCUUAGUCACUCCAGGCUCUGCAGCCUUUUCCAGGCAUCUGACUUAUUCUGCCUUCAGAGCUGGAUCUUUCUCUGGUAGGUUCUCGGUGAAGACCACUGCCAUACUGGUGACUGUGACCUGCCUGACCAUCACAGCACCAUGUCCACCCGGUCGACAUCCCCAGAAAAGUGGGCCUUGUGUGUCGUGCGCUGCUGCCUUCACCUGCCACAGCUCUUCUCCACCUGCGUAGCUUUCUCCCUGGUGACUGACAUGGGCAUUGGAAAGGGGGCCAUAGGUAACUGGUCCCUGUGCCUCUGGGGCUUCUGUUUCACUGUGACCCUCAUCACCUCCAUCACUGAGUUAUGUAAGGUCCAGUCCUGCUUUCCUUUCUUUUGGAACAACUUCCCCGUCACCUAUGCCUGCUACGCAGCCCUCGUCUGCCUCUCGGUUUCCAUCAUCUACUCCGUCACUUACAUCCAGUUCUUGCCUUAUGGUCCUCACCGAGACCGGGCCAUCGCCGCCACUGCAUUCUCUUGCAUCGCAUCUGUGCUGUAUGCCAUGGAAGUGGCCUGCACGUGGAAUGGCUACAAGAUCAUGAAUACCACCUGCUAUGUGCUCACUAUGCCAGGCCUGCUGAAGGUGCUGGAGACCUUCAUGGCCGGUGUCAUCUUCGCCUUUCUCAGCAACACCUCCCUGUACCUGCACCAGCCGGCCCUGGAGUGGUGCGUGGCCGUGUACUCCAUCUGCUUCAUCCUGGCAGCAGUGACCACCCUGUUGAACCUGGUUGAAUGGGAACACAGGCUGCCUGUCGAGGCUGUGAUCACGAUGCUCUCUGUCCUUCUCUACAUCAGCGCUCUGGUCCUCUGGCCACUCUACCAGUUCAACGAGGAGUUCGGCGGGCAGCCCCAGAGGUCCAGUGAUUGGGACUGCAGGGACGAGCUCACCUACGACAUGUGCACCUGGGACCAGCGAUUGGCUGUGGCCAUCCUGACAGCCAUCAACCUGCUGGCUUACGUGGCCGACCUGGGGUACUGGGCCCGCCAGGUCUCUGUAGGGACUGAGGACCAGUCCAGGGACUCCUGAUCCUCUGCUCACAGGAGGACCUGAGACUCCUUCCUUCUCUGCCCACCGCCCCCUCCCACCUCCUAAGGUGCUGACUCCACAUCACACAGCCCUCUGUGCAGCUGUUCAUACCCUGGGCCUCCAGAGGGGCCUCGUUGCCAAAGCGUGUCUGUCCCCCUGGGGGUGUCUUAGUUGGGGUGUGUGUGUGUGGGUUUGGGAGUGGAGUGGGUAAUGAGGGAUUGUGUCCCCUUUCUCCCAGUGGAGGGUGGUGUAUAGUGCCCUUCCCCUUCAACUAAAAACAAACAAACAAAAUCUCUGGCCUUCAGUAAUUUCCACUGAGCAGGAGUCUUGAAGUAGAGACCCUGGAUUCCUGGGCCCCAGUUGGUGCUCCGCCCCACCUGAGAUUGGCUCCAGAAUUUCUCCUAGCAUGCCAACCAAUGUCUGGGGAAUCAAAAAAGGAGCCGGUGAAGAUCUCCAGGGACUUGAAGAUACUUGUUUAUGGUGUUGGUGAGGGACAGUGAUGUCAUCCUCCCGCCCUAGUGAUAAAAACUGCAGAGCCCAAGAUAGUAAAGGUUUUGUUGACUUGAAGAUGAGGGUGACUAAAAAUUAAAGCAGGGAAGCUAGGAAUUCCCCCACUUCGCUACCCCAGAAAUUGUCCUUUGAUAGUAUUACUUUACUCGUGGCAUCUGCUAUGUGUCUGUCCUCAAGACGCUUCCUCAGAUUUAGAAGCAAAAAGACUUUAACAAGACAAAAAUCGAUAGCCUGUUAGUUUAGCAGUUGGAGUGGAAAUCAAUUAAGUCAGCUGAGGAAAAAGAGAGUAAUAGGAUCUCUUCAAAAUUCAAAUCCAUAAUUUUUAAAGGACAGGGAAAAAGCUGGACAUCAAUUUUUUAAAUAUAAAAUAAUGAGAUGCUAGCAACUGGGUGGCUGCAUAUGAAUUUGUUCAACUAAUUUUUAUUACAGUACUUAAGGGAAUAAUGCUGACCUCAACGAUUAGUACUUUUGGACUGAGUACUUUUUUAGUCCUUUCAUAGGACCCAUCAGUUUAGAAAAUUGUUCUAUUUGAUUAGCAAUAAAGUACAUAUUUGCAUACUUUUUUUUUAAGUGGGUAAACUUUAAUCAUAGUAAGUUUAACAAAAUAACACAGCACUCUAGUUAAAGGCAAAUGAUACUGGAACGUUCCAACAGUUUAACAUCUGCUCCCCUCUCCCCCGUCUUACCAAGUCUGGUAAUGGGACUUAAUUUGUUCAAUUCACUGCCAGAGCCUUGCUUCUUUAGCCUUACUUUUUAAUUACUGUGUCGUCUGUGCUGGAGCUAGAGAAUCACUCUGGCUUGAUUCAUCAGCUGAUAUCAUAUGAAACAGAGCUGGAAAAAGAUGGAAAUAGAGAGGUUACCAGUGACUCAGAAACUGAGCUUCCGAAAAUUUAUUGAACAAUCUGACUUACUAGAAGAACUUAAAUAUGACUUCAAUGAAAAAGCUGAAUUGAGACACACUGAGACACAUGGGCCUUUUGCCUUUAACUAUUAUAAAAAUGUUCUGGAGAGGAAUAGCAAGCGCUACUGGGCCCUUGGCCAUUUGCCAUUUAUGAACUUUUGGAGAAAGUGUGCAAAUUACAAAAAGUAUAUAUCCCACCAGAGGCUGAUAAGGAACCAAGAAGCUUCUUUUUCAUGAGUGAGAGAGCAUUAUCAAAUCAUCAUUCUGCUCUUCUUGUCCUCCUUCAAGACCACGGGGUCUUUAGAGCUGGUCAGUGGAGUCAGCAGGCAAUAAUACAUCAUGGUCUCCAACAUGGAAGUCAGAUACCAUGUAUUCAAAUGGCACUGCAGGUACAUUAUGAUGUAAUUGUGCUAAACCCCAUGACAAUUUUGUGGACCAGCAGACAGGAAAAGAGUGGAAAGAACUCUUAACACAAAAUGUUGAGUUCUCUUCCAGAAAAAUGGUUCAGACAGAGAGCUUCUUCUCUCUCCAGGAGUCUCUCCAAUGUAUUCCAAAAAGAUGCAACAACACCCUUGAAGAACACAUGGUUUAUAUUUGGGAUUACUUCAUUUCAAAGACUGAAGGCAAGGAUGUUGCCUUCAUUGUACAUGGUUAUGGAGGCUUGGUUUUUAUGGACUUGCUUGUUCAUAAAAAGUGGGACGUGAUGAGCAAAGUAUACGCCGUUGCACUUAUUGACUCUGAACAUCAUCACAUAGGACACCAGUUGGGAAGUGAUGUCCAGUUAUUAGAAUGGAUAAAGCAGCACUGCCGUGAAUGGGUGACAAGUCCAAAGCCUUUGGAUAAACCUGCAACAACCAUUUUGAAAAAGGAGUUUCCUACAGUUUCUGCUGGUACAGAAAAACACAACUUAGCCCCUUCCUCUAGCCUUCAGUCUAUUUUUAAAUACUUUAGAAAACCUUUGAAAGCCAAAACAGCUAUUAAUUUUUCUUGAGUGUCCAUAGUGACUAGAAGCUCCACAAAAAGAAAGCAAAGUGCUUAAGUUACUUUUUUUGUCAUCUAAGAUUGUUUUGUCCUACUGAAACUUUGCUAAUGUAGAUGCUAGAAGAGAAGAACACUUCCAACUGGUAUGCAGUGUUAUGUUCUGACUUCAAGUCUGAUUUGUUGAGUUUUUUUAAGUAAAUAUGUUUUGCAAAUAUGUUCUGUAGCCUACUGGUGAACCAGGAAGUCAGUACCGUCAUUAAUAUUUUACAAUAUUAGUCAAAGUAGUGCUGUUAGAGGAUCUUCUUAGGAAAAGAUUUCAUAUGGUUUAAUAGAAUGACACCAAAACUGUAAUUGAUAGAAAUUAAAUAUUAAGUAAAUCUUUGACUUCUG